UAAAUUUGGGUUUCAUUUCUUUUACAGUUUUGCCUGCAUACCUGCCGUUCAUGUCUUCGAAAAGUGUUUCUCCGAUUCCAGUGUGGCUAUUGUUACAAUUUUCAUCCUAAAUGUUAUCAUACCUCUUUUCACCAUGUCCAUUAUUGUAUUACUAGGUGUAGUGGGUGAUUCAGCCACCUGGGAUGAGUGGCGUUUCUUCUUAAAUCAUCGUUUAUUCCUUAUCUUCCCUCAGCAUGCUUUGGGUGAUGGUCUACUUGAAAUAUGUAAAAAUUAUAUGGUUGCAUUGGUAUUCAAACGUUAUGAUAUUGAUUCUUAUAAAAAUCCUGUAAACAGUGAUUUACUUAAACCCCAUUAUAUCUCAUUAACCAUAUUGGGUAUAUUGUUUAUAUGUAUCAAUGUCUUGCUAGAGUCGGGUUUAUGGUAUAAGUUUAAGGAGAUAAUUAGUGAACGUGUGGGCCUAUGUCAAGCCAAAGAAAAUAGACAUUUUGAAGAAUUGAAAAUUGUUUCAAUACAAAACUCUCUUAAGAGAAAUGAUAAAAUGGAUAGUACACCUGCUCUGAAAGUGGAAAAUCUUUGCAAAUCCUAUGGUAAAAAUCAAUAUGCAGUUUCGAAUAUAACAUUCUCGGUAAAUGCAGGAGAAUGUUUUGGUUUAUUGGGUAAAAAUGGUGCGGGUAAAUCGACCAUUUUCAAAAUGCUAUCGGGACAAGUGCAACCCAAUGUGGGUCAUAUUGUCUAUGAAAAUCCGGAAAUUUCCUAUUGUCCUCAAACUAAUACUUUGGAUUCCUUACUUACUGUGCGAGAAUGCAUAGAAUUUUAUGGUCGUCUUAGACGUAUUACCAAUAUACCCAAGGUAAGUUCUUUCUUUCUUUCAAAAUUUCCUACAAAUUUGGAAUUACUUUAUUAAAAUUCGUUUAUCAGU